AUGAGUCACCCAGACUCCACCGCUGCUCUCCCUGCGGGCCACUUCCUGGCUCUGCCCCCCACCUUCUCCAAUGACCAACGCACGUCGCUCACCACUGAGUCACACGCUGGCCUGGGCACCGCUCCCAACGUCGCGUCCCUUGCUGCGGCCGACUUCGACGUCGAUGUCCGCACUGGCUUCCUCCCGUCUGGCACAAACGUCGCUCGCCUUCCCGCUCCCUAUGACGUGUGGGAGGACGCCCUCGACGCCGCGAGUGGGGACGGCCCAGGCCUGGGCGUCCGCCUGGGUGGUGGCCGCCCCUCGGAUGACGCUUGGCGUGCUGCCGUCGCCAACAUGCCGGCCCUCGACAUUGGCGGGCUCGUGACGCUCCCCCUCCUUCGCCGCGCUCACUCUGCGCUCGCAUUCCUGUGCCACUUUUACGUGCACUCGGCACGCCCCACGACUGUUCCCGCACCCAUCGAGAUCCCGGCGUCGAUCUCGAUUCCGCUUCUCGCUACGUCGCCCCUAGUCGGUCUGCCCCCUGUGCUCACGUACGCCGACACUGUCCUUUGGAACGUUCAGCCUGCCGAUCUCACCCGCUGCAUCAACAUGGUUGACAACCCGCCUAUCAAGACGCUCUGCACCUUUACCAACACCAAGUCGGAGGCUGGCUUCUGGCUCGUGUCGGCUGAGUGCGAGGCCGCUGGUGCAGCCGCCCUCUCGCUCAUGCGCCAGUCGCUUGACGAGCUCUUCCUUGGGGAUGACCUCGCUCUUCGUCGCCUCGCCGUCUACCUCCGCAAGCUGUCGGACCAGAUCGACCUCAUUGGCGACAUCACUCUCCGAAUGAUGACCGAGGUCGACCCUGAGGAGUUUUACCACGUACUCCGUCCCUGGUUCAAGGGCGGCGACGCUGACGGCCCCAACUCUCCUGGAUGGGUCUUCCUCGGUGUCGACGACAGCCUCCUCAUGGAAGCUGAGAACCGCGUUUCGGGGUCGUCCGCGGGCCGCAAGUUCUCGGGCCCGUCUGCCGGCCAGUCGUCGCUCGUCCACGCGUUUGACGUUUUCCUUACUGUCGAUCACGGGGCUCGUGCGGAUGAGGACGCUCAGACCGUCUCAGGCGAGGGUGUCCAGCCUGACUCUGCUCCUAUCACCCUCAACAACACGCCGAUUCACCCCGACUCCCCCGCUGAGGACGCCAAGCCGGCCGACCAGCCGCGCGUCGUCGAGGCAACGUACCUCCAGCGCAUGCUGCAGUACAUGCCUCUGCCGCACCGGACGUUCCUGAUGCAUCUCGCGUCGCACCCCAAGCCUCUGCGCUCGGUCGUCCUCGCUCACAAGGACACACACCCCGCCCUUGCGGACGCAUACGAUGGCGCUCUCGCGGCCCUCCGCCGUUUCCGGGACAAACACAUGCGCGUCGUCACGCGCUACAUUGUGCAGCAGGCGCGCCACGAGGCGACCCCGCGCGUGCUCGCGCUCCUCGGCCGUGCGACAGACGAGCCCGCCGUGACUGCGCCGCCCAAGGCCGGCGUCGACGACGAUGGUCUCCGCGGGACGGGUGGCACUCCGCUCGUCCGUUUCCUCAAGCGCUGCCGUGACAACACGAGCCGCGCCAUGGUCAUCGACGAGAAGGCCUGA